CCCCCCCCCCCCCCAACCCCCUUUUGCCAUCUUCAUCCCAUCCUGUCCGCUUUACCUUCAGAUAUCCUCAUUCAACCACGAGCAACCCCUCGUAAGCCUCACACUCUUUCGACCAAGAUGGCAGACACCAAAGCAGAUGAAAAACCGCAGGCGCAGCCCAUCGAGCGCACGUACAAGGGUGAAAAGGUGCUCGAGAUCCCUCAGCAGCCCGUGCCCGUCGACGAAGGCUACGUCGGGAACCUCACCUCGGAGCAAGAAGCCAAGCUAAAGGAAAUGUGGUUGGCCUUCUUGGACGUCAUCGAGAAAGCGCAUGGAGCAGGCACGGGAGCUCAAAAGCAGGAGCUACCUUCGGACGAGGUCGACAAAGACGCGGACAAGGCGGAUGCUGAUCCCAAGAAUGCCGGCAUUGCCAAGGAUGACAAUGCAAAGGAGAGGCAGCAACAGGCCGAGGAGCAAGCUGCGCUCACCGCGCUUCAGAAAGAGUAUGGACCCGAAGCGCUCAGAAGCGCAGUCUGGCAAUUCGUCAAGGGGGACAAUCCCGAUUCUGGCAUGCUCAGGUUCCUUAGGGCUAGAAAAUGGGAUGUGAGCAGGGCGGUGGCGAUGCUGGCAGCAUGCAUGCACUGGAGAUUGAACAAUGACGUCGAGUCGCUGGUGGAGAUGGGAGAGCUGGGAGCAGGGGAGAAGAUGACGCACUUCUUGACCCAGAUGAGAAGCGGCAAGACGUACAGCAAUGGGAGCAGUCUCAACGAGCAGCCCAUGAUCUACAUUCACGUCAAGAUCCAUCAGCUCUGGGGCCAACCUCAGGCGCAGUUGCAAAAGUAUGUCAUCUUUGCUGUGGAGACUGCUAGGCUGCUCAUGUGCCCUCCCAGCGACAAGGUGGUGCUCUUCUUCGACUUGACUGGCUUUGGACUGAAGAAUAUGGAUUUCCCGUGCGUCCUCUUCAUCGUCAAGGUCCUAUCCAGCUACUACCCAGAGUCCCUGGGCACUUUCUACAUUCACAAUGCGCCUUACAUCUUCAAGCCCAUCUGGUCUAUUCUUCGUCCUCUCUUGGAUCCUGUGGUCAGGGAGAAGGUAGUCUUCACCUCCAAGCCUCAGGAUUUCGCAAAGCACGUGCCAGCCUCUCGACUUGUCAGCAAGAUCGGAGGAGAUAUGGUUACGGAAUUCGAGUACAUUGAGCCUGAUCCUCACGAGAACGACUUGCAAAAGGAUACAGAAGAGAGAAAGAAGAGGUUCGACCACUACAUGUCGCUCGCGCAGGAGUUUGAGCAGGUCACUAGGGAGUGGGCAAAAGGUGGCGCUAGCGAAGAGACGAUCAAGAAGCGCAAGCUUCUGAUCCUGAAGUUGCGCGUGGCUCAAUUCGAGUUGGAGCCCUACUCUCGCGGCAAGACCGUUGCUCACCGACAGGGUGUGCUGGAUGGGCAAGGCAAAGUCACUUGGCGGUACGAGCAGAAAGAUGGCUCUGUACAGAUUCACAUCGUGGGUAGGAGGACUUGCGCAGCUACGCUCAGAAGAGAGAUCAAGGAGAUCGAAAGCGGCACCAGCAGUCCCGAAGAGGCUGCGAAGCGAUCCGAAAAGGCUUUGGCCGAACGCGAUUGGAUCGCACUCUAUGGAGAAGAGAAGAUUGCUCGAGAGCUGGAAGGCGAUGAUGUGAAGCAGUCGAGCAGCGAGCAGCCUUCAGCGCCGGCGGCGGCGGCAAAUAGCGAAGAGCCGGACAAUAAAGAAGCCGAGAAGACAGAGACUGGCGCGGCAGCAGAGAACAAAGAAGCUGUCGCAAACAAUGGCAGCGAGUCUGCGGAGAAAGAGCCUGCUGAAACGAGCGCAUCAGCUGCCGAGCCUGCUCAACAACGGGUCAAUGGCACCGAGGCUGCAAAGGCACCUUCCACCAACGAACAAGGGUCGGAAAGCAAGAUGGGCACGCUGGGCAGACGAUUCAGCAAGCUCAUGGGCAAAGCUACCGCCUGAUGCGAGCGUUGCCCCCCAGCAGCCCUAGUCACCUGCAACGCUGGGCAAAGCUACCGCCUGAUCCAAGCGUUCCCCAGCAGUCCUACUUACCUGCAACGCUGGGUCCUUCAUUCUCUACGACGACCUCCCUGUCCUAGGGACCUAUCUAUCCUACGUUUACAUGCUCGCAAUGACAGACCUAACUCUCUAACCUUUCGAUCAAAUCAUCGCUUGCAAGCUUGACGUUCGCAGAUAUGACAUUACCGCGACGAGUGUGCGUAGUUUCAAGCAGCGCACGUCGAGAGACAUGGGAGGCCCAGACCAGCUCGGAAAAAGCUCGCGUGCCAAGGAUGCUGGAAUACAGGUAGUCGGCCUUGAUCGUAGUGUACAUGGUGAAUGGGUGUCAGGCGACGACGCGAGCACCUUUGG